AUGGCCAACAUAAACUGGAGAACAAUCAACAUCGACGCUCUUGACCCCGAAUCAUCCUACAACUUCGACCUCAGCACAUUGACACCUGCUGUCCUGCCAGUUUCCACACAAGACGUACAGACAUUAUCAGGACAAAUACGGCAACUGUUACGAGGAGGAAAUGCAGAAGGAGCAUUGCAAGGAGCGCUAGAAAAUGCGCCAUAUGGUGCGGAUGAGCAGGGAAAGGCAGCACACUUCUCAGCAGUAACAGAAUGCCUGAACCAAAUACGGCAAGCAGAAAUGACACCACUCCUACAACGACUCUACAAAACAGAAGCCGGCUCUGAGCUUUGCGAUACCCUCAUGAAGUACCUCUACAAGGGCAUGUCACAAGGCGCGAAUACGCCUUCGAACCAUGCGAGUGCAAAGAAUGUCACACCGCAAGCUACGGGCUUCUCGCAAGCAGGCGGGAGGAGUUUUGGUGGUGGGGAGGGCGGUGGGCAGGCGAUGAGUGUGUUUUUGAGUUGGCAUGAGAAGCUUGUAGAGAUGGUCGGGCCAGGCAGUAUCGUGCGGGUCAUGUCCGACCGAAGGACGGUAUGA